GUUCCGGCCGGUGUGUGUCGGUGUGUGUGUGUGUGUGUGAGUGUGCGCGUUCAGAGUGUGUGUGUAUUUGUGUAUCGGCGGUCCCGCAGGUCCCGGAUGUUGCGGACAGUAUGAGGCGAGCGCAGGGGGACGGGGACCAGCAGCUGUUGCCGCCGUUCUCAGUUAUCACUGUUUGAAGACAGGGAGGCAACAAAGGAGCUGAAGAAUCUACAAAUUGGAUAGUGAGCACUGUAUUGAUUCCAGCCUUUUUUCCCCCCAGUAAAUUGGUGAAGAGAGAACAGAAAUCUUUGUCCCCUAACUUUGGAAAUUUUGUGUAACCUUCAAACUGGCGAUGUCAAGGGUUCCAAGUCCUCCACCUCCGGCAGAAAUGUCGAGUGGCCCUGUAGCCGAGAGCUGGUGCUACACGCAGAUCAAGGUAGUGAAAUUCUCCUACAUGUGGACCAUCAAUAACUUUAGCUUUUGCCGGGAGGAAAUGGGUGAAGUCAUUAAAAGUUCAACAUUUUCAUCAGGAGCCAAUGAUAAACUGAAAUGGUGUUUGAGAGUAAACCCAAAAGGGCUAGAUGAAGAAAGCAAAGAUUACCUGUCACUUUACCUGUUACUGGUCAGCUGUCCAAAGAGUGAAGUUCGGGCAAAAUUCAAAUUCUCCAUCCUCAAUGCCAAGGGAGAAGAAACCAAAGCCAUGGAGAGUCAACGGGCGUAUAGGUUUGUGCAAGGCAAAGACUGGGGCUUCAAAAAAUUCAUCCGCAGAGAUUUUCUCUUGGAUGAAGCCAACGGGCUUCUCCCUGAUGACAAGCUUACCCUCUUCUGUGAGGUGAGUGUGGUGCAGGAUUCCGUCAACAUUUCCGGCCAGAACACCAUGAACAUGGUGAAGGUUCCCGAGUGCCGGCUGGCCGAUGAGUUAGGAGGACUGUGGGAGAAUUCCCGGUUCACAGACUGUUGUUUGUGCGUUGCCGGCCAGGAAUUCCAGGCUCACAAAGCUAUCCUGGCAGCCCGUUCUCCGGUGUUCAGUGCCAUGUUCGAGCACGAAAUGGAGGAGAGCAAAAAGAAUCGGGUUGAAAUCAACGAUGUGGAGCCUGAAGUCUUUAAGGAAAUGAUGUGCUUCAUUUACACGGGGAAGGCUCCGAACCUGGACAAGAUGGCUGAUGAUUUGCUGGCAGCUGCUGACAAGUAUGCCCUGGAGCGUUUGAAGGUCAUGUGUGAGGAUGCCCUCUGCAGUAACCUCUCCGUGGAGAACGCUGCAGAAAUUCUCAUCUUGGCUGACCUCCACAGCGCAGAUCAAUUGAAAACUCAGGCAGUGGAUUUCAUCAACUAUCACGCUUCGGAUGUCUUGGAGACCUCCGGGUGGAAGUCCAUGGUGGUGUCACAUCCCCACUUGGUGGCUGAGGCGUACCGCUCUCUGGCUUCAGCACAGUGCCCCUUUCUGGGACCCCCGCGCAAGCGCCUGAAGCAGUCCUAAGAUCCUGCUGUCGUGAGACUCCGUUGAUUUUCCUGAAGCGGCGGCCACUGUUGCUGCCACUGACCACCAGGUAGACAGCGCAGUCUGUGGAGCUUUGACUCUGCUGUGGGGGAGACUGCGCUGUGGCCCCAGACUUUUAAAGCAGCACUAAAUAAACUUGGGGAAAUGGGGGGAGGGAAGGGCCAGGGACUCGGGGCUGUUCGACCUAAUGAAAACCCUGUUGCUGUGUCACUGUGUUCCCUUUGGCCUGGCCGAGUGCGAUCCCGUGGGAUUCGGUUUAGGCGCUGGCCCUGAGGACAUCCUGGCGGCGUGGUACUUGGAGAAACCUGCCUGCAUCUGACGGAGCAGAACCAAUCGUCAGGGGCCUGGAGCAAAAGGAAAAAGGAAGAAGGACAUUUAGUUUUAAGACAAGGGGAAAGAAAAGGAAAGAAGAAAGGAUUUUUGCAGAAUUUCUCAAAAAUCAGUUUGUGGAUUCCAGUACUAUUUAUAUUGAGAGAAGUUUCAGUCCAUCCAACUGUGCUAAAACUGGGAUAUUUGUGACAAACUCCUCACCACCCUGCGAGUAUCAGAAGAGCUCUUUGGCCGUUAGCACUUACUGUUUGCAAGAACAGAGUAUAUCCUUUUGUCCCUUUAUGAAAAGUGACGAGUGAAGGCGAGAGGAGGAGGUUAUUUGAUCUGGAAGAUGAGUGUUCUGAUGUGGUGGCUUUUGCAGAAAAUCUUUAUUAGUGUUGAAAACUGGAAAAAAAAUAAUUCACCCAGAAUUCAUACUGUCUUGACAAGAACUAUGGUUCUCUGUUUUUAGAUAUUGUGGAAAAUGUUUUUUGGCAUUUUUCUCUGAUUUUAUUUCUUGUUCCUCCCCCACCCCCUUUUCUUAAAAAAAAGGAAAAAAAAAACACAAAACAAAAAGAAGAGAAAAGCAAAUUUUAUUAUUCAUGCUGUGUGAAAAAAAUCCCAGCCCUGAUUGCUCAGCCGUUCGUACCUGCGCCUGCGCAGGAGCCAGUUCUGCCCCUUCCAGUUCACCCCUCUUCCUGCGGGGGAGAAGUUCCAAAUGUUAAUUUUUUUCUUUUUGAAAAUAUAAAUAAUGACUAUUUUGUA